CGCUGCGGGAAUUCGCAUCCCGCGGCCGGAGAAGGGAGCCCGAGUGGAAACAGGUUGUUGGCAUCUGCCCGCGGGAGGAAGGGGCGCCUCUGCCCGGCCGCUAGCCGAGCCUGGGCUCCGGGAGAUGGAGCCGGAGCUGCUGCCUCGCCAGCCGGCCGUGUGCUGAAGGGGAUGGACAGCGAAUUGCUGCGGGGGAGCCCGGCCCCGGGGAGCUGAGGCUGUUCCCGAGGGGCUCAGGAGCUUCCCAGAGAGCUGAGACGCUUCCCAGAGAGCUGAGACGCUUCCCGAGCUCCCCAAGUUCCAGCAGAGCCCAGCUCCCAGGGGUCGGGCAGGUGAUUGCCUUUCUUUCUGCUCCUCUGCUUUUUUUUUGCGUGAAUGCUGGACAGCGAGAAGUCUGCCUGAAAGCCUGGGAGAGCUUGGGAAAAGCCACGGUGGAGAGUUGUGGUGGUUUGGAUUUAUUUGGCACAAAGUACUCGCGCCUCUGCUCGAGGGAUUCGUAUGGCUUGAAGGGCCUGUGCAACACCUGUGUGGCAGGGUGGAGCUGGCAGCUGGCACGGGGGCCCCCAUGGAUCCCCUCAACCUCUCGUGGUACGACGGGGACAGGAACUGGAGCAGGGCCCUGAACGCCUCGGAGGCGGCGCACAGGCCGCACUACAACUACUACGCCGUGCUGCUGGCCCUCCUCAUCUUCAUCAUCGUCUUUGGCAACGUCCUGGUGUGCAUGGCAGUGUCCAGGGAGAGGGCCCUGCAGACCACCACCAACUACCUGAUCGUCAGCCUGGCCGUGGCUGACCUGCUGGUGGCCACGCUCUGCAUGCCCUGGGUGGUCUACAUGGAGGUGGUUGGGGAGUGGCGGUUCAGCCGCAUCCACUGCGAUAUCUUUGUCACCCUGGAUGUCAUGAUGUGCACUGCCAGCAUCCUCAACCUCUGUGCCAUCAGCAUUGACAGGUACACGGCCGUGGCCAUGCCCAUGCUCUACAACACCCGCUACAGCUCCAAGCGCAGGGUCACCGUCAUGAUCGCCGUGGUCUGGGUGCUCUCCUUUGCCAUCUCCUGCCCGCUCCUCUUCGGCCUCAACAACACAGAUGAGAAGGAGUGCAUCAUUGGCAACCCCGCCUUCGUGGUGUACUCCUCCAUCGUGUCCUUCUACGUGCCCUUCAUGGUGACGCUGCUGGUGUACGUGCAGAUCUACAUCGUGCUGCGGCGGCGCAGGAAGCGCGUCAGCACCAAGCGCAGCAGCCACGUGCUGGACUCGGACACGCAGGCCCCCCUGAAGGACAAAUGCACUCAUCCAGAAGACGUCAAGCUCUGCACAGUUAUUGUGAAGUCCAAUGGGAGCUUCCAAGUUAAUAAGCGCAAAGUGGAGGCAGAGAGUCACAUAGAAGAGAUGGAAAUGGAGAUGGUGUCCAGUACCAGUCCCCCUGAGAAAACGGCCCUCAAACCCACAGCACCAAGUAACCACCAGUUGAUUGUGCCAGUUGCUUCUAAUCGGGGCAACAACUCUACCCUGCAGGCACCCCUGAGCAGCCCUGGGAAGGUGGAGAAGAAUGGCCAUGCCAAAGAAUCCCACCACACAGCCAAGGUCUUCGAGAUCCACUCCCUGCCCAACGGCAAGACGAGGAACUUGCUCAAGGCCGUCAUCAGGAGGAAAAUGUCCCAGCAGAAGGAGAAGAAAGCCACGCAGAUGCUGGCCAUCGUGCUCGGUGUUUUCAUCAUCUGCUGGCUCCCCUUCUUCAUCACUCACAUCCUGAACAUGCACUGCGACUGCAACAUCCCGCCGGCCAUGUACAGCGCCUUCACGUGGCUCGGCUACGUCAACAGCGCUGUCAACCCCAUUAUCUACACCACCUUCAACAUCGAGUUUCGCAAGGCUUUCAUGAAGAUCCUCCACUGCUAAAGCCACAAACAGCGCCCGCUUUUUUUUAGGAACGGAGGGGGAAGAGGGAGCGAUGCCAUCCGUGCCGGGGAGGGGGCUGGAGCUCUGGAGCUGGGCACCGCGCGGUGCCCGGGCACCUGGUGGGGUUGGAACGAGGUGGGAGGGUGUCUCACCUCCCUGGGUGACCUCUGGACCGGCCCCCAGGGCGCUUUUCAGAGCCAGCCUCGCGCUGUGCUGGAAGUGGAGGCGCAGGAACCGAGGAGCUCUCGCUCGGUUCUCGCCCGUGGCCACCGCCCGGCCUGGAGGGCACUGUGGACACGGGGUGGCCACGGGGCAGCAGGAGGUAGCGCUGGGUACAACUCUCACCAAAGACAAGGCCAUGCUUCCCCCUGGCAGCAGGAGCCAGCCAGGGCCUCUGCGAGCUCCGUGCAAUAGCUUUGCCUUCACCUCGAGCUGACCCACCCGGUGUUUAACUGCUGAAGCCUUCAGAAAUCCCAUAAAAACCAACCCAAGAACUUUCAGAGGUCCCCAGACGGGUCGAGAAGGUUCUGCCACCCCCAGACCCUGCAGCAGUGGGAGCCUAUGAGCCACGGGUGGAAGGGAGAAGGGGGCAUCAGUCUCACAUCAAACCAUCGGUGUAAAUAGGAAUGAAUAGGAUGGAUUGUGGAGCCCCAAGCCAAAAAAAAAAAAAAAUGGAGAGAGAGAAACUCAAGGAGUGGAACCUUGUCUUGCAUGGUGUACAUCCAACAGGACCCCCUCAGCUCCCAUCAGCGGUUUCUGCCCACCAGCAUCUCAUCUCCAGGCUCUGCCCAGGUGACAGCAGGGCAGGGUGGCAGCGUGGUGAAUGUACAGACACGAGGACACUGUGCCGGGGGGCACCCUGAGCACCCAGCCAGGCCAGGGCUGCUGCUUCUCACCUGAAUCAGGGGCCCAAGGAGCGCCUCGGGUCUGAUUUGCCUCUGUCUCUCCCCAGAGAGUGCAGAAUAACAUUGUGCCUAAUUUAAAUCAACAGUCAAGGAGAUAAAACUGUGCAUUUUGGAAAAAGCCAGAAUAAAAACCCAAGAAAGCCCCUGCCUGGACCAGCUCCUGUGUCCAAGCUGGACUCUGGGAAGGUCUGGAUGUUUCCAGCAUCCCUUACUCUCUGCUAUCUAUUUUUCCAUGGAUUCUAGGAAUGGAAACCCCACAAGAGCAUCAUUCCACCACGCUGAAUCUGGCACUGCCAAAGCCACGCUCUACAUGCUGUUUGUACUCAGUUCACAUGAUAUUUUGCAAUAUCUCUGUAAAUAAAACGCAGCAAGGUGAAUAAAACAACGUGGAAAUAGGUCUGGCUAGAAAUCCCAGCAGGAUGUGGAGCAGCAGAGGGUUGCAAUAGCCAUAACCAGGGGCAGACUCCCAGGGUGCAAUUUCCUGCUGUUUUCUAAAGGAGUAAAAUCACAAUUGGGAAAGCAAUAGAAUCCCUUUUUUUCUCUAUGCAGUUUGUGGAAUAUUCACUCAGUUCCUGCUUCAGAUGAGGUGAAGCUCUGCCAAGGUUUCCUGUAAUUCCCUGGAUUUCCUGUGUUGCUAGCAGAGCACUCUCCUGUGCUGGCAGGAUGAGUUCCAGCCCUGCUUCAGGAGGAGAUUACACCAAGCAGCUCUAGCACAUAAUCCCAGCUGUUUUCUGAAAUGGAAGCAGCAGUCCCACCUUAAUCCCCAGGUUUCUGUUCCAAACCUGCCGUUCCUGGAAUGGGCUGCAAUCCAGGGCUUUGAUUUUUCAGCCCACAGCCUUGUGUAACGUUUGAACCCGGCUCUUCAGAGCUAAAAACUGCAAAACUGGGAACUCCAACUCGAGGGAUCUCAGGCACCCAUGAGCUGCUCUUUCUUCCAAAAAGAGGUAUAAACCAAACAAAUUCAGUUUUAACCAAACAAAUUCACUCAGUGAUGAGAAUCAACUCAGACUUGUACCCCAAUAUCCACAGCAUGAUGCAAAGGCAGGAGGUUUUGGGGCAGAAAAAUAGCAACAAGUCUAUUUUUAAAUGUAUUUACAAGCAGAAAGAUCUGUUUGACUUAGGGAAUUAACAGCUGAGGAGCUGAACAAAAAUAGCAAAUAUGACAUAUAUAGACCAAAAAAAGCUUUAAAGCAUUUGGAAGUUGCCAUAGGUGAUGUUUGCCCUGUACUGAAGGCUGGUGUGAGCUCUCAGGAUAAAAGGAAUAAUAACAGGAUAAAUGGAAUAAUAAUAUCCCUCAGGAUGAUGUGGAUAAUAUCUUCACUUUGUGCCAUAAUUUUACUUUGUGUCCAGUUUUAAAAUCCUCAUCUCCAGUGCUGUGAACCUCGCUCCCAUUUUUUUUUUUUUCUGAAUCUAGAAGCAGAACCUUAGAGCUCAGCCCACCUGAAAAACUCGUCCAAAAUGCCAUGGGGGGAAGAAGGCUGCAGGAGAAGGCAGGGUCCUUCACGUGGAGCAAACCCCAGGUGUGAUUCCCAGAGCUGCAGUAUUGGCUGUGAGGAACCACCUGCAGCCUCCAUCCCCAGGACACUUGAAACUGCUCCUUGCCACCGCUCCAGGCUGAACUGAGGGAGUGUGAAGGUCCCCAGUGCCCUUGGGAGGGUGGCAGUGCCAGGCCUGCCCAGCUCUGCAGCAGCUUUUCCUUCCCUAGAAAACUCCUGCACUUCCAGACAGCAAACAAAGCACUUUGACACCCAGGACUGAGCCUUCCCCGCUUGGAGACAGCACCAGAGUCAUCCUCAGCUCUGGUGCCCAAGGAGUGAAGCAGUGCCAGGAGCAGGGCAGGGUGUGCUGGCACCGGGAGAGCACUGGGAGCUCCUCAGAGCCCAGCCCAAGGGAUUUGGGAGCCUCUCCCCAGCUCUGAGCCUGCCAAACCCAGACCUCACUGUUCCUUUCACCCUGGAAAAAUCAACCCCUGCUUCCCCAAGGACCCCUGCUGCUGAUGGGGAGGGCACUGAGCCGGUUUGUAAAACCACCUUAACCAGAAGAUUUCGAUUCUUUGUUCCUCCAGACCUUCAGAGCCUUGCUCUAGCCCCUCUUUUGGGAUUCAUGAUUUAUAAUUGAAGCUUUUGUUCUGCUUAUUGAGUCUUCCUGGUCCUGCUUUCCCUCCCUGUGGUUCCCAGCUUGCUGAAGCCCUGGCUGGGGAUCUCUGCGCCCCCAAACAGGUUUGAAUUAAAAGCCAGUGAAUUCUGCCUGCACUGUAUUUGCUGCUUGCCUGCUUGCUCCCACUCCACAGAACUCUUUAUCUUCCUGGCUGAAGAGUAAAUGAACUCCAGUAGGUCCAACCAGCUUAUCCAAUCCUGCUGAAAUAACAAUAAUAAUUAAAAAAAAAAGGAAAACAGGAAAAAUAAAGCCACUACCUCUUGUGGUGAACAUCUCCAGUGCAAACACGGCUCCCCUGGGAGUCAGGAAUGUAUAAAAUGCCCAUCACAGGUAAAUGUGACACCAACAAUGUCUUCAUGCAGCACUGUCAUUAAAGAGAGACUUGCACAAGUCA